AAUGGCGGCAAAGUAAGCUGCAUGUGUUCUUUUUCGCGGAUUCGUUGAAUGGCAGAAUCUGCGACAAAUAACGACGAAUUCUUCUACUUUACCGUCGAGGGUCUUCGAUACGAAGGAUUGUGCAGAAUGAAGCUUCUGGGUUACAGUGGAAGAAGACAUUUUACCUUGAGGCAUUGCAAUCUUCCAGAACUUUCAAGUUGUACGGCACCAUUCAACAGCGAUGAAGGUGUUCCCUUCUUUUCUGGCAUCUCUGGUAGGAGAAAAUCUAGGAGACGUACUGGAAGACUGGUGACAGUAAAUAACCAGAAGAUUGCAUUGCUCAAACAUAAAGGAACAGUUUAUGCCCUGGAUGAAAUGUGUCCACACAUGGGUGGCCCUCUUCAUCUUGGGGACAUUGAAGAGCUGGGUCAGGCAGCCCUGCCAUGCAUUGUGUGUCCUUGGCACAGUUGGAAGUUUUCCUUAGAAAAUGGAUUUGUGAAAGAUCCUGCUCGUGAGAAGGGUACAAAAGUUGGUAUUUAUCCUGUGCAAGUCACUGACAAGGGAGAAUUGCGAGUUGGCUUCAGGUCUUUUUCCCCAGACUAUUUCAAUGGUGCAAUGGAAUUCUAGUUUUAAAAAGCUGUCAGCUCAUGUGAGUUUGAUACAUGAGAGAAUCUGGUUGUGCAUUGAGUACAGGCUGACAGAAAUGCCUAGCAUGUUAUGGUACAUUGUGGUUUGCUGUGUGCAACAGGUGUUCUAAGUUGAGUGAAUACAAAAGCAAUAAUGUGCACAAUGCACCAAAUCCAACAUUUGAAUUGCAUUGAGAAGGCUGAUAACUGUUACAUGUAAUCCUUUGGUAACAGGUUCAACCUGUACAUCGCGAUGGCAUGUUUCACUGUGUCAACUGUUGUUCAACAGGGACAUGUUAGCAGUGAGCCAUCUACAUUCUUGGAUGGGGUUUUCAAAUGCAUGGAAAAUCCCAGAUAAUCGAUGAGAACUUUGUAGUUUUCUCAGUGUUCCAGGGACUGAAGGCAAGCAACUAAGGAUUAGUUACAAGCUAUGUAAGCUGUGUAACUCCCCCAUGUUUUUGGUGUAGUUUAGAUGAUUGUUGACCAAUGCAAAAAUCUUUAAAAUAUCAGGUAAGGUGGGCAUUCUCCCAAAUUCUCUCUCUCCAUUUUUCUUCGGUGAUUCCAGUUUUUGGUGGUAUGUCUUUAAUUUUGAAUUGGUUUAAAAAAUCUGGAAUGGGCAGGGUUUGAAAUGAAGGCAAUCCAUUGUAAAGAAUGUAUAAUUAUUACAAAGGUUUUAUAAUUGGUAACAGUGUAUUGUAGAAAAAUGAUCCAUUCAAAAUGGUCAAUAUACAUUAAGGGGCUCACAGUGACAGUUUACGCAGUGAUGGAACAGAGAAACGAUUCUGUGAAACCCCUGUUAUAGUUUUUAAUUGCAAUUUUACACCAACCUUCAAAAAUACAACAUCUUAAACUGUUUCAGUUAUUGUAAAUAUUACAAAAAAGUGAUUCAAAUUUGGUUAUAAUUGUGUUUAAAUUAUCAGACUGUAAGUGUGUUAGAACAGUUUUCA